CCACUACUUCUGUCUUUUUAGCUCCCACAAGUCACUCUGCUGUACACCUCCAUGUGUGAAGCUCUCUCUUUCUCUUUCAUUCCCCUUUACCUCUGCAGGUCUGCUUCUAUGGCCCCUGUAAUAAGUCUAAGGUGCUGUUUUUGGAAAUGAAUCUGUUCUGAGGCGUGUUUGUGGAUGUCUGACAGUUUCUCCUCACCAUGGCAGCAGCUGUGCCGGUGAGUUAUCACGGCGCCAUCACCAAAGCCGAGUGUGAGGAAAUGCUGGGGAAGAAGAACAAGAAUGGAGCAUACCUGAUCCGAGAAAGCGAGACCAUCCAGGGAGCCAUGUGUCUCUGUGUUUACAAACAGAAGGUGGUGUAUACCUACAGAGUGCUUAAGACACACAGUGGACACUAUACUCUCAUGACUGCAGGAGGUAUUGAAGAAACACAUUUUAAGAAUUUGGACGAUCUGAUCCGGCACUAUAAGAAGAAGAACCAGGGCCUCGCCAUGCACCUGCGGCACUCUGUCAAAAGAAAGACAGCCAUGUUGAUCAAGCAGCCAGCAGAACCACAGAGGAUGGCAGAACCACAGAGGAUGGCAGAACCACAGAGGAUGGCAGAACCACAGAGGAUGGCAGAACCACAGAGGAUGGCUGAACCUGAGGAACCUGACUAUGAGGAACCUGACGAAUCUGACUAUGCGAAUGUUCCUGACACUGAUUACGUUGAGGUCUUGCCUCAAUGAACAACUCUGACAUUUAGCUUAAACAACACGAGCAGAGUGGAAAAUACAUUUGGUAUCAAAAACUUACAGACUGGAUCAAAUUCAGAAAUAUAAAUAAGGUUGGACAAAUGCUGAAGAAAAAGACUCGCCUCCAGUGGAUGGACUUUUAUGCAAUUUGUCUCAUUCAUGACACCCAGAGGAUGAAUUGUUUUUGUGAAUUGCAAAAAUGUGACUUGGAGUUGAGUGCUAUUAUAACAUGCUAAGCUAAGAUGUUAAAUAUUAGCAUGUUGUCAAUAUUCAUAGUUGGCAUCAGUGUUGGAAGAAGUUCUCAGAUAGUUUAAAAAUACUGCCCUCAAAAUCAAGCUUACAUUAAAGUACAAAAGUAAAAGCACACCUCAUCACCCAUUUCAGAACAAAUUCAUAUAUAUUAUUAGCUAAAUUAUAAUUAUUGAUGGAUUACUGUCUUCAUCAUUUAGAUGAUGCAGCUGGUUAAGGACGAGCCAAUUUUAAUAACUUAACAUACUGUACAGUCUCUAAAGGUCAAAUUUAGUUGACUUUUUAAGUAAAAAAUACAAUAUUUGUAAGUAAAGUACUUAAAAAUAACACUUGUGCAGUAUAGUAAAUAUACUUGAAAUCACUUGUUAGCAUUUAAUUCCUUGUUAAUGCCGCUGUACAUGUGUAGAAUAUAGAACUGUUCAUCUGCAGAGACAUAACAUGAUACUUUUUACUCCUGCUGUGAGACACUCAACUCAAGUUUCCAUUUGAAAGCAAUCUGAAAUGUGAUUGCAAGUGCAUUUAUCAAGAUUUGCAUCUGAAUUAUCAUGACGCAUGUGGAAACAUAUCCUUUAUCUCAAAGUUACCAUACUGUGAACUAGUUUCCAGUUCCAAGAAUAUUGACUCUUUGGCCUCUGGGCAUUGCAUUUACAUGAAUCCAGCAAAACAGUGUUUGUUUUUGAGUUACACUGCAGUUCCUUAUGUCAUGGCUUUUAUUUCUAUAAUUGUAUACAGUAAAGAACAUUUUGGCAUUUGUUUCCAUUCCUACAGACAUGUAGAAUGACAGGGUGGCUGGUAUUUGUUAUACAUUUACGCUUUGUAAAUACUAAUCUAUUCCAUUUUCUUUUGUACCCGUAUAAUCUUUUGUGUUUUAUGUGCAAUUACAGUAAAAUAUCCCUCUUGCAGACACAA